AGAGGACACAGGAGGAGGAGGUCUGAGAAAAGAAACACAGUAAAACUAACAAAAACAUGUCGUAUAUGAGGUUAGCAGCUUUCGUUAGGCGCAAUGUCAACAAAAUUUCCCCCGGGAAAUACCGUUCGACCGUGGCCUCCACCAAACUGAAGGAGGAGAAGGAGCAGCUGGACGGAUGCGCCGUGGUGGAGGCAGAGCCGGUGGAGCUGAUCCGACAGACCAAGAACAGCCCCGGCACACACACACAGCACAUACACGUAGACUUCGACAACACACAGGAAGCAUACAAAAGCAAGGACAACAUUGAACUGCUCCGGAGUCUGCUGGUCUUCAAACUGUGCACCUUUGACUUCCUCGUUGAAAAGAACAAAGAAUUGAUGGACCUGAGUAAGAAGUUGCUGGGUAACAGGAUGUUUGAGAAGAUGAUGAAGAUGACCUUUUAUGGCCAGUUUGUGGCGGGAGAAGAUCACAACGCCAUCAAACCUUUAAUUCGCAAGAACCAGGCGUUCGGUGUCGGGGCAGUUUUGGACUACAGCGUGGAGGAGGACCUAAGUCAAGAAGAGGCAGAAAAGAAGGAAAUGGAUUCAUGUGUGUCUGAAGCAGAGAGAGAAAGUCCAGGUGAUGAUCAUCGUGAGAAGAAGUACAAAGCCCAUCGGCAGUUUGGGGACCGACGUGGAGGCGUUAUCAGCGCUCGCACCUACUUCUAUGCAGAUGAGGCAAAAUGCGAUAACCAAAUGGACACUUUCAUCAACUGUAUUAAAGCCUCCGGGGGAGCCUCAGCAGAUGGGUUUUCUGCCAUCAAACUAACGGCACUGGGACGUCCACAGUUCCUGCUCCAGUUUUCAGAGGUCCUGGUUAAAUGGAGGCAGUUCUUUAACUUUCUUGCAGCGCAGCAGGGAAUAUCUGACAUGACAGUGUUGGAACAGAAACUGGAACUGGAACAGCUCAAGGAAAACUUGACUGAGCUGGGUGUCGGAGCCAAGGAUGACAUCGAUAACUGGUUUACUGGAGAGAGGAUCGGACUGUCAGGAACAAUAGAUUUUCUGGACUGGAACAGUUUGAUAAAUGACACAACAAAAAUCUCUAACCUUCUUAUGGUUCCAAACCUUAAGACAGGUCAGUUGGAGCCUUUGCUGAGAUCAUUUACAGCUGAGGAGGAGAGGCAGAUGAAGAGAAUGCUGCAGAGAGUGGACAUUCUGGCCAGGCAUGCACUGGAGAAUGGAGUCAGGCUCAUGGUGGAUGCAGAGCAGACGUACUUCCAGCCAGCGAUCAGUCGACUGACCUUGGAAAUGCAGAGGAUAUUCAACAGAGAGAAGCCGAUCAUUUUUAACACAUACCAGUGUUACCUCAAGGAUGCCUACGAUAACGUAAGUGUGGACGUUGAACUGUCCCGGAGGGAGGGCUGGUAUUUUGGAGCCAAGCUGGUUCGAGGAGCUUACAUGUACCAAGAGAGAGCCAGGGCCAAGGAGAUCGGUUAUGAAGACCCCAUAAACCCCGACUAUGAGGCGACGAACAAGAUGUAUCAUAAGUGUUUGGAGUAUGUGCUGGAGGAGAUCGACCACAGCAGGAAGGCCAACGUCAUGGUUGCAACGCACAACGAGGACACAGUGAAAUUUACCUUAGAAAAGAUGAAUGAGAUGGGCCUGUCCCCCACUGAAAACAAGGUUUACUUUGGACAGCUGCUUGGCAUGUGUGACCAGAUCAGCUUCCCCCUCGGUCAGGCAGGUUUUCCAGUCUACAAAUACGUCCCUUACGGCCCUGUCAACGAGGUCAUCCCGUACUUGUCUCGUCGCGCUCAGGAGAACCGUGGAUUCAUGAAGGGUUCUCAGAGAGAGCGCCACCUGCUGUCAAAGGAGCUGAAGCGCCGGCUCCUCAGUGGUCAGAUGUUCUACAAGCCUGUGUACUGAGUCCAGGAGCACAGAGACCACCAGGCCAGUAUCAUUCCAGGAGCUGGACUUGACCACUUCCUUUUACAUGUAUGUUAUUAUCAGGGUCGAACAGGAAGCAGCAGACGUUUGGACUGAGACUGUGACACAGACUUUUAUUCUGAAGUCUGAAAAACACUAACCUGAACCUGCUGUUGGUGUUUGAGUAAAGAUUUAUAAUUUAUGGAAGAAAGAAUCCAGUGAGAGUUGGUCAGGUUUGUUAAUAUAUUAUAAUAUUAACUAAUAUUAUAUUCUAAUAUUAGUUAAUAUUCUAUUAUAAUAUUAGUUAGUAUUCUAUUAUAAUAUUAUUUAAUAUUCUAAUAUAAUAUUCUAGUGGGGGCCGGUGUUCAGUCCAGAGGCACUGAAAUCUCUGCUCUGCUCUGAUAAUCUUGAGUAUUUAUGACCAUGUAACAUGGCUGACCUUUGUAUAUAAACUUAUUUUAUUUACUGUUGUUUAUGGAGUGAAAUUUGUGACAAGUUUUGUUAAUUUAGAAAAAAAAAAAUCAAACAAAAACUUGCCAGUAGCACUUGAAGUUUUGGUGAGCUCUAAAAGUACUACAAUAUAUUCAACAUAAAAAUGAGUGAAAGAAAACAUUUUUUUAUUUCCUCAUUUUUCAAAUUCUAAAAACCUUUUCAGUUGGAUUUCUAGUCGUUUCUGUAUUUGUCUAUAUUAGUGUGUUAGGCCAUUUAAAAAAUUAUUUUACUUUUUUCAUUUGAAACUGAAAAAUAUGUAUUUACAACUUCAAAGCACCUUUGAAAAUAAAUACUUAAAAACAAACUGUAAAUAUUAUCAGAGCUAAAGGAUAAUGAGCAGGACCGUAGUACUUUUCAGAGUUAAAGAUCAGAACCUGAAGUCAGUUUUAGCCUUUUUUUUUAAAUUUAAAUGUUCUUUUUUUUUCUUAGAUUCUGUGUAAUCCCUGUCUUUGUGCAGUGACAGGUUUGAACAGUUAGAACCCAAAGUAUUCAAAGUGCCUUAAAACUGUCUUAUAAUUGUCGCAGACUUGUACUGUACUUUUUGUGGAUCUACUCCUCAGAGGGGACUGGAAAUGAUUAAACAUUUAUAUAUAUAUAAAAAUGUUCUAUUGAUCUACCAGAGGAUUUUGAUCCUGUCCUUUUUAUUUCAUGUCCAUUUUAAUCACAUAAUGUACAGAUUAAACGUCAUGUGUUGAAUGUUAAUUGAUGGUUUGUUGUUGAUAAAUGCAUAAAUAGUGAAUGUAGUAACACCAGCCUGAAUGGAUGGUUUUAUUUUGACCCAAAUUUCCAAAAAGUUCAUCUAAACUGAAAUCUAACUGAAUCUAAACUAACUGAACCCCUUUUCCAAAUAUUCGGUGUCAGUGUCUAAAGGACAGAAAACAGAAUGUGUCAGACUCAGUACGUCGUUGUUAGUAUUGGUGUAUGUGAACAGAUCCGUGAGCCUCCACUCCACCCCCACCCCCCCCCCGCUCCACCCCACCCCUCCACUGUGCACAGGUUCAGCUUUUAGCACCAACUAAACAAACUCCUGUGCAGUUAAAAGCCUGACAGAUACACAGAGCUGUUACAGGGCAUGAUUCACGCCUGAUGUGCUUUAAUAGCAGAUGUUCCAGAAUAUCCAUCCUCUGAAGUGAAGACCUGCUCUGUUCAUCACACAAACACACACACAAACACAGCAGCAGAUGGUCAGACCAAAGCAGGAGGACACUGUCAGAGCUGCUGUUGAACAGGGUUUGAAAAACACCACGUUUACGCCUGUGAUUUUAAAGAACAUCACAGAAAUACUAGAAGAACACCUGGACUGUUACGGAAAAGUUGCAGUAGGUGAAGAAAUCAACCAUGGAUUCAGUUAUAAGAAGGAUUCAGAAAGGUUAAUAAUAAUAAUACUGCUACUACUACUACUAAUAAUAACAAUAAUAAUAACAACAAUAACUAAAUCUAAUCCAAAAAUCCAUUAAUAAUAACAGUAAUAAUAACAAUAAUAAUAAUAACAAAUCUUAUUUUUAAGGGCCUUUCAUGAAACACAAGGACACUGUACAACAAAGGAUAAAAAAACUAAAAUAUUUGUUCAUAUCUUCAUGUCUAUAAUUUUUACAUUUAACAAAUCCAUCCCGUGGACCGGACUGGACCCUUUGGCGGUCCACAUUUGGACCCCGGACCACAUGUUGGACACCUGUGCUCUGUACACACAUGCUGCUUUUAUUAGAAUGUUAAUGUUCAUGUUUUUAGGAAGUAAAAGUGCCUUCAUUCAAUGACUGCUGGAAACUAAUGAGUGUAUUUUGUGUGUUGUUAAUUAUCGUUUUUCAUAUUUUCAGUCAGUCCUCUCUGUGGCGUGUCUGUCAAACAUUAAUGUUACAGGUGUAAUAUUGUGUAAUUAUUGAAAAAAAUUACUAAAAUAAAAUAAAU